AUGUCACCGGCAGAAAACCUGGACCCGCUUCCUGACCCCUUCAUCCUGCAGCCGCCCGCCUUCCACCCGGUGGUUCCUUAUGUCACAACCAUUUUCGGCGGCUUGCGCGCGGGCAAGAUGGUCAUGCUGCAGGGCGUGGUCCCGCUGGACGCGCGCAGGUUCCAAGUGGACUUCCAGUGCGGCUGCAGCCUGCACCCCCCGCCCGACAUCGCCAUCCACUUCAACCCCCGCUUCCACACCACCCAGCCGCACGCCAUCUGCAACACGCUGCAGGGCGGCCGCUGGCAGGCCGAGGUCCGGUGGCCCCGCCUGGCCCUGCGGAGGGGAGCCAGCUUCCGCAUCCUCUUCCUCUUCGGACACGAGGACGUGAAGGUGAGCGUGAACGGCCGGCACUUCCUCCAGUACCGCUACCGGCUCCCGCUGUCCCGCGUGGACACCCUGGGCAUCUUCGGGGACAUCCUGGUGAAGGCUGUUGGAUUCCUGAACAUCAACCCGUUUCCAGAGGGCGGCAGCGAGUACCCAGUUGGAUAUCCCUUCCUGCUGGGGAGCCCCAGGCUGGAGGUGCCCUGCUCACGCCCCCUCCCCCGGGGCCUCUGGCCGGGACAGGUCAUCCUGCUGCGGGGGCUGGUCCUGCCGGAGCCCAAGGACGUCACGCUGAGCCUGCUGGACGCGGCCGCGCGGGUGCCGGUGGCGCUCAGGGCCUCCUUCGCGGACAGGACGCUGGCCUGGGUCUGGCCCUGGGGGCGGAGGCAGCUGAUCUCGGCCCCCUUCCUCUUCCACCCGCAGCGGUUCUUCGAGGUGCUGCUGCUGUGCCAGGAGGGCGGGCUGAAGCUGGCGCUCAACGGGCAGGGCCUGGGCGCCGCCCGCCUGGGCCGGCAGGUCCUGGAGCGGCUGCGGGAGCUGCGGGUCAGCGGCACCGUCCAGCUGUACUGCGUGCACCACUGAGGCCCGGACAGGAGGCCGCCAGCCCGCGCUCUGCCCGCCCCUCCGAGUGCCUGCCUGUCGCCGCCUGCCAGGCCCAGCUCGCUUCCAGGGGCCGCCGGGGCUCCCCCCGCACCCCGCCACAGAGGGCAGGCAGGGGGUGUGAGGGCGCCUCCAGCUCUGCCCCCCAGCUCUGCCCGCCCCCCCACCCCCAGGAGCCGGGGGUUUGCCUCCGUCUUCCUUCAGGCCCGGAGAGGAGGCGGGUUGUGUACCCCGAAGGGAGGUACUCGGAGUCCUGGCCCAGGGCAGGGAGAGGCCCGCCGCCCUCCUGACAGCGGGGAGAGGGGCGCCCACGGACCCCAGGGUCGUCCUGGCCAGCGUCCCACCGCCCCAGGCUGGUGGCGUCGGUGUGGCUC